AUGCAGACAACCACAAAGUCCGUUUGCUCACUUCUGAACUGGUCAGUAUUGUCUGGAGUCCUGAAAAUACUUUAUAAGAGUGGGCGAAACUCUGAAUCCUCAAAAGUAAAAGCUUCCUUGUAUACUCAACGAAUACAGGUGGCUGCUUCGACAUGCACGGCAAAUAAAGUUGAUAAGCAAGAUAACAGUAACGGUAACCAGAAUAUGUCUUAUCACUACCAAUCACUGCAUUUACCGGUUAAAAGAGAAACUCACCUUGAGGCUAGAUGUUUCUUUGGAUGUGGAAGGAUUCCGCAAAAUGCGGCGAGAAACAAAAGGACGGCGAUAAACAAGGUUUGA